AUGUCACCUGGAUCCUCUUCGUACAAUGCAGGCCCCGGCAUUCUGGCUCUCAACUGGGCGGCGGCGGCCACCGCGGUUCUGGUCAUGACCCUAAGAGUCAUUGCCAAGCUGCGAAUUCGGCACUAUGCUCUGAAUGACACGGUCAUGCUAUGUGCAUUGGUACUGGCUUUGGCCGCAUCGGUUAUGAUCACCUUGGCCAUCGGACAUGGUUAUGGGCAACACUAUCAGUACCUGAGCCGUGCGAACCAGGUGCUGUCUCUCAAGUAUUACACCGGUUUCCAAUGUUUGUCGAUUGUCGCCACUGGCUUUGGGAGAGCGGCUUUUGCGCUCUAUCUAUUGAACAUCCUCCGCCAGCAGAGAUUUAUAUGGUUCCUCUUGUGGGUCAUAUUCGCGCUGCAAAUCAUCAUCAACAUUGUCUCCGUGAUCACCAUCCUUGCCCAAUGCAAGGAUAUCAGCUCCAUCUGGGACACAACUGUGAUCACGACAUGCUGGGAUCCAAAUGUCGAUCGUAUCUACGCAUAUGUACAGUGCUCGAUCAAUACUGCAACGGACUUUUUCCUCGCCAUCUUCCCGACAUAUACCUUCUGGAGCCUGAGCCUGCAGAAGCGCAUCAAGAUCAGCUUGGUAAUAUUGAUGAGUUUGGGCCUGGUAGCCAUGGUGGCCUCGAUCAUGCGGGUUGUGUACGUGGAUUCCAUAGCCGAACGUGGCGACCAAACCGCAGCAACAGUGAAGCUCUCCCGAUGGGCUCUGGCCGAGUGCUAUCUGGUCAUUGUCACAGCCUCCAUUCCCUGCAUUCGGUCCUUGGUUAUCGCGUCAGUCCGGAAUAUUCACAGCGACAACCGUUCGCGGGCCAGAAAGUCACUGCCCAAGAUCAGUGGGCCAACUCCGGAUCGAGCAGGAUUCAGUGCUUGGACGGCUGCCCAGCAGUCCCACAGCCGCCGGCGGGAGAGUGUAGAGUAUAUUCUCAGCAAUGCCGAGCUGGUCCGGUUAGAAGGGGGCGGGAUCCCGAAACGGAUGGAUGUGAUGCUUAUCACGAAUGACUCGAGCAGCACCAAGAGC